CUAGCUGACUGGAGGUCAAAGGAAGGAUAAAAGGGCGUCGUUGUGGAGGGCACGGUAGGGUACCGGUGCCAUGGUCAUUGGUAGCCACGACCAGUGGUGUCACUACCAGUGAGGUAGACAGUCGACACGCUUAUGACGAUGAGAGAAGCACAUGUAUUAACAUGGUGUGAACCCUGUGUGAUGACCGAGUGCGAGAACGGAGAUCGAUCAGACAAUAAAUUAUGACGACAAUUCCUCUCGGUUCCCCCGAGCGAGUUCACAGACUGUUGGCUGCAUCGCAGGGUGCGUGCUGCAUCCACAGCUCUCUCUCUCUCUCUUGCGCGCUCUCUCUCGUCACUCGUGCAUGCAGGGCACCUCGACUGAAAGAGUUCGUCAAAACAAAGUUGAAUGCGCUACGGGACAAUUGCAAUAAUGGUCAAGAUAUUUCAAAUGCAAAGAGGCCCAGACCAAGACAAAAAGCCGCCUGCCCACAUUGCCAACAGGCGCCAUCGCUUCGAGCAUCCAAGCGCCGGCCACCCAAAGUCAGGCCUGUUCGCUUCUGCGCACUGACGCCAGAGGUGCCGGACUGGGCGGAGGGGCGCCAUACAUUCUCGCGUUCUGGCGCCGCGUUUUCGUCCCUCGUCUCUACUGUAAUAUUCCUUCCAUUUCAUGCGAGAUGCUGUUGUGUUUGCCUGAGGGUCAGCAAGGCAAGAUGCAUCAAUACAUAUUCCAACAACUACAAGGGCAAUCGUGUGAGUUGAAGCCACAUGGAUGCAUGAGACCGUUUUUCGGGAUGCAGGCACAUCUUGACUUCCCAUUGUUCAUGUUUGUGGCAUCCUUGAACCUGCGUCGGGGUAGCUCGUGGAAACUGCUGUUCCCGCGGCUGCAG